GACUCAGAUUCAACACCAGUAGGCCACCCUCUCUUCGCCAGGAUCCGCCUAGCAACACCAGCAGACAUCCCUCUUAUCCACAAACUCAUCCACCAAAUGGCCAUCUUUGAAAAGUUAACCCACCUUUUCACUGCCACAGAAUCCUCCCUUGCCUCUACCCUCUUCAAGUCUCCACCUUUCCUAUCUUUCACCAUCUUCCUUCUUGAAGUCUCCUCACACCCUUUUGAAAAAGAUUCGAACUUCCACUCUCAAAGCUUCACUCCCAUUGAAAGAAUUUUCAAUCUUGAUCAUUCUUUAAUAGACCCAGAAGCUGAGACUUUCAAAAAUGGGAUCAAUGGUGAUGUUGUUGCUGGGUUUGUUUUGUUUUUUCCAAAUUUCUCAACUUUUUUGGGGAAGCCAGGGUUUUAUGUGGAGGAUUUGUUUGUGAGGGAGUGCUAUAGAAGAAAGGGACUAGGGAAGUUGUUGCUUUCUGCUGUGGCUUCACAGGCCGUGAAAAUGGGAUAUGGGAGAGUGGAAUGGGUCGUUCUUGACUGGAAUGUUAAUGCUAUCAAGUUUUACGAGGAAAUGGGUGCUAAUGUUUUGCCAGAAUGGAGGAUUUGCCGGCUGACUGGCUCUGCACUUGAGGCUUAUCGUGAUGCUAUUUGAAUAAUUUCAGGCCGAAGGGACAUGCCCAUCAAUCUCUUCGUUCGAUUGUGCAGUUUAAGAAAUAAAAAUGAUAAAUAGCAAGAUUUGAUUCUAUUCUCCAGUGAUGUGCCCAGAACCGACUCCAGACUGCAGAAAACACAAGGUUCUCUCUUUUUUUUAACAGCUAAAAGAACCAUUCCAUUAAUAUUGGGCUGGAAGCCCAUGGUUACAAAGGUCACAAGAGCUGCAUCAAUCUGUAUAAAGUUUUUUUUUAAGAAAAUUUUCAGGAACAAUAAUUUUCACUAGCCCAGUGAGUUCUGGCUCAUAAUCAACCCAUAAAGUACGAGAAAUUCUUAUUAUGGGUUCGUUUAAUAUGUGCCUUUCGAAUACACAUUUAAGGUUAAUUACCUUGUUUUUGGUUGUUGGAUCGCAAAUAGGUAGCGGUGUACGAGCAUGCUUAAUCCUUGUUAAGGCAUGCCCUUAGUGCAAAUUCUAGAAAAGUUAUAUUGUUAUUUAGUCAUGAA